AUGGCCAGAUUCACUCUUGCGACUCUCCAGACCUCUGAUGGCCCUCGAGCCGCAAUUGGAGUCGGUGACAGCUACUACCAGCUAUCCACGGCGUCGGAGACGUUUCAGCAGGACAGUGUCAAAUCGUUGUUGGAGGCGUGGCCCGGCUCCUUCACCAGGCUGCAGACCCUGGCCGAUGCGAUUGCCUCGGGGAGCAACAACCGCGCUCCUGCAAUCCUCAUGGACAAAGCCGACCUUCUCACCCCCAUCUUGUGGCCAAAUAAGUUUCUGUGCGUCGGCGCCAAUUAUGUCGGCCACCUCAAGGAGAUGGGGCUGGAUACCAACAAAUGGAAUGUCAUGCCCUUCUUCUCCUGCCCUCCUACCACAUGCCUCGUCGGCCCAGGUGAGACCGUUGAGAUCCCAAAAAUGACCGAGGAAUUCGAUUGGGAGCUCGAGCUCGGCGUGGUGGUUGGCAAACGGCUUCGUAACGCCACCCCGCAAGAGGCAAGCCAGGCGAUUGCCGCAUACACCAUUGGGCUGGAUCUGUCCUGUCGAGACCUGACCUUGAACGACACCGCAGUUCGCGUAGAUCUUAUGCGUGGCAAGUCUCAAGACACCAUGGGACCCUGCGGUCCACAUCUGGUUCCUGCCCAAUUCAUGCCUGAAAUUACGAGCCUCAAGCUCACUCUCGACGUCAAUGGGAAACAGAUGAUGAACUCUUCGACAACGGAGAUGUUGUAUUCUUGUGAGGAGAUGCUCGCGGUCAUCAGUGAGUUCGUCACGCUGGAGCCUGGUGAUCUGGUCUUCACCGGCUCUCCGUCGGGGUCGGCGGGUGCUCACGGAAAUUGUUGGCUCAAGUCGGGAGAUGAGAUUCACGCCGAGAUCCAAGGUAUCGGAUCGUUGGACGUCCGCAUGAAGAGGUCCUAA